ACUAGGCGCCGGCGCUUCCGAGGCAGCGUGUUUCCGCCCAGAGCUGGAGUCUCCCAGCUGCCAGCCAACCCCGAACCCGCACUCCCGCCAACCGCGCUUUUUGUGGGCGGUCGGAAACCACAGCCUGCGUUGGAUAUGUUCGGUGCAUGUUAUAAACAACCACUUAAACCCUCCGGAUCUGAGCCUCCCGCAGAGGAGUGCAGGAUGUGAUGUCAUUGAGAUGCACAGGAUACUCAGUCAAUCAACAUUUACUGAGCAUCUACUUCGUGCCAUAUGUACAAAGCUAGCAAAUAUGUACAGCACCAGUACUGAUUGCAAGGAGCACUGUAGAAGAGGAAUGACAGCCAAACAAUUAAAAGCGGAGGCGGGGAGGUCGUCGACAGAAAGGGGUCCUAUCCAGACCCCAAGAGAGCAUUCUUGGAUCUCUUGCAAGAAAGAAUUCAAAGCAAAUCCACAGCGUAAGCUUAGUGAUGUGUGUCAGGCCUCUGAGCCCAAGCUAAGCCAUCAUACCCGCUGUGACCUGCAUGUGUACAUUCAGAUGGCCUGAAACAAGGGAAGAAUCACAAAAGAAGUGAAAAUGGCUGGUUCCUGCCUUAACUGAUGACAUUCCACCAUUGUGAUUUGUUCCUGCCCCACCUUAACUGAGCAAUUAACCUUGUGAAAUUCCUUCUCCUGGCUCAGAAGCUCCCCCACUGAGCACCUUGUGACCCCCGCCCCUGCCCGCCAGAGAACAACCCCCUUUGAUUGCAAUUUUUCUUUAUCUACCCAAAUCCUAUAAAAUGGCCCCACCCCAUCUCCCUUCGCUGACUCUCUUUUCAGACUCAACCCGCCUGCACCUAGGUGAUUAAAAAGCUUUAUUGCUCACACAAA